CUCCUGAAGUAUUUAGUGGGGAGGAAUAUACAAAGGCUGCUGAUGUUUAUUCAUUCGCAUUUGUUGCUUAUGAAAUCAUCACUGGAAUUCCCCCGUAUCACGAUGUUUCACAUGAUAAAGAUUUGGCUUUUAAUAUAUGCAAUGGAUUUCGACCAAAAAUUCCAUUUAACAUGCCUAAACUAAUUACACAAAUAAUUAUGCGGUGUUGGGAUGCCCGAAUUACUCAUCGACCCACUUUUGAUGAAUUAUCUGUAGAGUUGGAUAAAUACUGGAUGAAUUAUAAGAAAAACGGUUUUGACAAUAAUAAUGAAAUUUCGAUUCAAAUUAAAGAAGCUGAAGAAUUUUCCAAAAAUCAAAUAACUGAUGCAACAGCUGCAACCUCGGUGAAUUAUAUAACACAUCCGCUAGCGAUUUAUACCAGUAGACUUCUCAAUUUUUCAAAUCUUCCAAAACCUAAAAAUGAAGAAAAAUUCGAAAAAAAACUUGCAGAAUUAACAGAAUCUUUUUACCAAAUAAAUUCUAGUAAGCAUCAAUUAUAUCUUUUAUUAUAA